AUGGCCGAUUCAGCGUCUUCUCCCGAAGUGCGGCAGGCCUUGGAACGGGGUCGGGACGGUCAUACCGAUAAGGCAACGAAUGACAUCUUAGAAGCAGCCAUUACAAGCCUCUGGAAGAAGAUAAAUGCACAGAAGGAUUAUGUGCUCGACCGCGACGAGUUUGCUCUAUUCAAUUAUUUCAUAUAUCGCUACAAGGGCAAUGUUGUUGCACAACGGACCGUCGCACGGUUCUGGGACCAUUACCGAGGCGAUCCGAACGCGACUGGAAGCAAGACAUAG